AUGCCGGCGGUACGGCCGCCGGCAUUUGAAGACCUGGAUAUAACUUUGGUUUUUCUUUUGAAAAAGUCGUUUUCGGAGCGGACUGUUUAUAAAGUAGGGGUUUUGAUGGCGUCAAGAUUAGAUUCCCCUUUUGAUUUGGAACGCUGUGGACCGGCUGUGGACCUCGCUCUUGAUAAAGUCAAUGAAAAGUUUUUGGCACAUCAUAACGUUGAAUUACAGAAAGUGCAGGGAAGCUACCCGUCGUGUUCGGGCGCGAUAGCCCCAGGGCUGGCUGCUGACAUGCACUUCAAGGACGACGUGAUCGCCUUCAUUGGGCCGGCUUGUGCGUUCGCGCUGGAGCCUGUGGCUAGGCUGGCGGCUUAUUGGAACACACCUAUUAUUACUGGGAUGGGAGAUCAGCCCCCGUCUGAAGGCGAACUCGCAGCUCCAGCAAGUGUGGUCAGUCGAAUGCAUAGAUUACGGAAUCUUCGUAAAGGAACCAGAACGUUAUUCAACGACAAGGGCAAGUACCCCACACUGACUCGUAUGUCCUACUGCCAAUGCCGACUGCCUCGUGUCUUCACCAGCGUGUUUGAGCGGUUUGGUUGGGCCCAUGUCGCCCUGCUGCUAGAUAAAUCUGACCUCUUCUCCUUAACUGUUGGUAAGAGCCUAGAAUGGGGAUUACGAAAAGAAGGGGUUUUGAAAGCUGUGAGGGAAUUAGAUGGGAAUGAACGUGAGUCCUGCGAGGCUUUACUUCGAGAUGUCAGCAUGUAUGCACGAGUGGUGAUCCUUAGCGUGCGUGGCUCGUUGGUGCGCGAGUUCCUGCUCGCCGCGCACUCGCUCGGCAUGACGAGGGGAGACUGGGCAUUCUUGGAUGUUGAGAUAUUUCAGGGUGGGUAUUGGGGCGAGACGGGCUGGGCAGCAGGUGAUGAACGAGACGCUGCCGCCCGCGCGGCCUACGAAGCGUUGCUACGCGUAUCACUCAAGUUGCCUACUGGUGACAGGUUCGACGAGUUCGCGGAUACCGUGCGGAGUAUGGCGAGACAGCAUUAUAAUUAUACGUUCUCGGAUGGAGAGGAGGUGAACUUCUUUAUCGGCGCGUUCUACGACGGCGUGUACUUACUGGGUAUGGCGCUCAACGAGACGCUCACUGAGGGGGGAGACAUCCGCGACGGGAGAAAUAUUACUCGACGCAUGUGGGGUCGGGACUUUCAUGGUAUAACUGGACAUGUUCGGAUAGACGCAGUGGGCGACCGAGACGCUGAUUAUGCAAUACUCGACUUGGAUCCUGUUACUGGCAAGUUUGAGGUGGUGGCAUUCUACCACGGUCUGAACAUGAGCUACAAGGCUGUAGCGGGCAAGGCGAUCCACUGGCCGGGCGGCCGCCGCGCGCCGCCGCCCGACAAGCCGCGCUGUGGCUUCCUUGGCACUGAUCCUAUUUGUCAGGGAGGUACGUCGCAAACAGUCUUAUUAUACUGUUUCAUUGGGCUUGCUGUGUUUUUUACAAUCGCAGUAACAGCCUCUUGUUUUGCAUACAAAUUGGUGAAAAUAGAUGCCGAAUUAAACAAUACAGCGUGGCGUGUGAGGCCCGAAGAGGUGCUCGUAGAAGUGGCUACUGGGCUCGGAGCUAGUCCAGCUCUACAUAGUAUUAAUGAAUUAUCCCUUGGUUGGAACAUUCGCAACACAAACGCUUCACCUGUAGCGCCGUCGCUCACACUGUCGUCGUUCACCGUCGGUUUGUAUAAGGGCAACCGCGUCGCAGUGAAGAAAAUACAUAGAAAGAAAUUGGAUUUGAAUAAAAAACUGUUGUGGGAGAUAAAACAGGCUCGCAACGUAUCACACGAGAACACGGCGCGUUUUAUCGGCGCGUGUGUGGACUGCCCUUUAGUGUUCAUACUAACGGAGUAUUGUCCUAAGGGCUCGCUAAAGGAUGUGUUAGCUAAUGAAGAGCUGCAAUUAGACUGGAAUUUUAGGACUUCUCUUGUACAUGAUAUUGUUCAGGGCAUGUGCUACUUGCACAGUGGGCUGGGCGCGCACGGCAAGCUGCGCUCGUCGAACUGUCUCAUCGACGGGCGCUUCGUGCUCAAGAUAUCGGACUACGGGCUCAACACGCUGUGCACGCCCACUGAUCUCAUUAAGGACGACUCGUACUACUAUAAGUUACUAUGGACGGCACCGGAGCUAGUAGCGGGCAGCGUGUACCCGGGCGUGCUCGCGUCGCUGAAGGGCGACGUGUACAGCUUCGCGAUCAUUCUCGAAGAGAUCGUGCUCAGGGCGGGGCCCUUCCAUCACUUUACACCCACUAUGACUAAUAAGGAAAUCGUGUCCCGCGUGUGCGCGCACGAGACGCCACCAUUCCGUCCCGUGGUGUGUGCGAGCGAGACGGGUGCGCGCGGCGCGGCGGGCGCGGCGGCCGAGCUGCUCGAGCUCGCUGAGCGCUGCUGGGCUGAGGCGCCCGAUGAUCGACCCAGCUUUGAUACUAUCAACGCGAACUAUAUCAAAGGCUAUUGCGACAACCUAAUGGAUGAUCUCCUAAGUCGUAUGGAGCAGUACGCCAACAAUUUAGAAUCACUUGUGGAAGAAAAAACAGAACAACUCUCAAUGGAGAAGAGGCGCUCUGAAGAGCUCUUGUACCAAGUAUUGCCAAGGCCAGUAGCACAACAACUAAUGGCUGGCGAAGUGGUCCAACCAGAAAGCUUCGAAUGCGUAACCGUAUACUUCAGCGACAUAGUUGGUUUCACUGAACUGUGUGCGGAAUCCACGCCGAUGCAAGUUGUUGAUCUGCUGAACGAUUUGUAUAGUACGUUUGACAGGAUUAUUGGAUUCUAUGAUGUUUAUAAGGUGGAAACAAUAGGCGACGCAUACAUGGUAGUGUCAGGUCUGCCCGAACGGAAUGGUGACCAACACGCGAGAGAGAUCUGCCUCAUGGCGCUCGCUAUAGUAGAAGCGGUGCGAUCCUUUGUAGUGAGGCACCGACCUACGCAUCGACUUGAGGUGAGGGUAGGUGUACACUCUGGGCCGGUGUGCGCGGGCGUGGUGGGCGUUAAAAUGCCGCACUAUUGCUUGUUCGGCGAUACCGUUAACACGGCUAGCAGGAUGGAAUCUACUGGACAACCGCUGCGCAUCCACUUAAGCGAGAGCACGCGGGCACUGGUCUCCCAAUGGGGCACGUUCGAAGUGGAGCGGCGCGGGGACGUGGAGCUGAAGGGGCGCGGGCGCAUGCUCACGCACUGGCUGGUGGCGUGCGCCGAGCGGCCGCGCCCGCUGCCCGAGCCGCAGCCGCACCACUACCCCAUACUGUUCCCCGCCAUACAGCCGCCGCUGCUGCACGCGCCCUACCUCGUCGUCGAGCCCACCACGCUGGCUGCUUAG